AAAUAAGUAACUAAAAAUACUUGUCUUUCCUAAAGCAAAGAAGCAAAGAAUCGUGUCCUCUCUUACACAGUCACAGGCUUUUUACAUUUUUUUUGCAAGGAUCAUUUCUUUUCUUGGCUUCGAAUUCAGCUCCCUCUUCUUCUUCUUCUUCUUUAUUCACUUUCUUUCCCCUUUUCCUUUACUAUUUAAUUAUUUAUAUUUUAAAAAAAUCUGAUCAGAUAUAUAUAGUCUAUAUGGUUCCUUCUUCUUUAUGUGCAAGAAGAACACAUGGUUUAAAGCUUCGAAUCUCUCUCCCUUUGCUUCAUCACGUAAUCUAAAAUCACCCCACUCAAGAUUUCAAAUUCCCUAAACCUUUCGUUUUUGUUUCUUUUAUAAAUGCUUUUCUCACAUAUUAUUGAAUCCUCCUAAUAAAAUUAAAACCAUACUCUCUUUACUCUGUUUUUUUUGUUUCUUCUCUCUACUCUGUUUUCUUCCUUCAAACAUUGAACCCUAUCUUUAAUUUCUCAAAGACUGAAACUUUAGCAUAAUGGCUUCAUCAUCAUCAUCAUCAAUGUUAUCUCCAUCUUCGUAUACAGAGUUAAAAGAUGCUUGGCAUCCAUCAACAACAGCGGCGAACACAACUGAAUCAAGCUACUGGUUUAAUUGGAGGGUAAUGAUCUGCUGUGUAUGGAUGGCUAUAGCGACUGUGAUCACUGCUUUUCUUAUAUUCAAAUACGAAGGCUAUCGCCGGAAACGUAGCGGUGACGGUGACGGUGACGUAGACGGAGGAGAGAAAGAGUGGUCAGGGAAUGUAUAUGAAGACGAGACUUGGAGGCCUUGUCUUCGUAAUAUUCAUCCAGCUUGGCUUCUUGCUUUUCGUGUCGUUGCCUUCUUCGUUCUUCUUAUUAUGUUGAUUGUUAUUGGCCUUGUCGAUGGACCGACCAUCUUCUUCUACUACACUCAGUGGACUUUUGCUCUGAUCACUCUCUAUUUUGGACUAGGCUCGCUUCUUUCGCUCCACGGAUGUUACCAAUACAACAAAAGAGCAGCUGGCGAUAGAGUAGAUAGCAUUGAAGCUAUAGACUCAGAGAGAGCAAGAUCCAAAGGAGCUGAUAAUGCAAUUCAACAGAGCCAAUACUCUAGUAAUCCAGCUGGUUUUUGGGGAUAUGUUUUCCAAAUAAUCUUUCAGAUGAAUGCAGGUGCAGUUUUGCUCACUGACUGUGUCUUCUGGUUUAUCAUUGUUCCGUUCCUUGAGAUCCAUGAUUAUAGCCUCAACGUUCUGGUGAUCAACAUGCACUCUCUUAACGCCAUUUUCUUGCUUGGUGAUGCUGCAUUGAAUUCUCUGAGCUUUCCAUGCUUCAGAAUUGCUUACUUCUUCUUCUGGACAAUAGCUUAUGUUAUCUUCCAAUGGGCCCUCCACUCUCUAGUCCAUAUAUGGUGGCCUUACCCAUUCCUGGACUUAUCAUCACACUAUGCUCCACUAUGGUAUUUCUCAGUUGCAGUGAUGCAUUUGCCAUGCUACGGAGCCUUUGCGUUGUUGGUGAAGCUAAAACAUCGGCUAUUACAAAGAUGGUUUCCUGAAUCUUACCAGAGUCCUCGGUAGUAGUAGCUUACUUGCAACGCAAGAGCAAGCAAAAGCAUUCGAUUGGAAGUUUUUUUUUUUUUAAAGUAGAAAGGAUGAUUUUUGAAAGAUACGGAAUGAAAAAAAGUGUGGAGCAACAAAACUCAUCAUGCUUAUAAAUAUAAUUAAUUCUUUGCAGUAUUUUA